UUAACAUUAACUCCGCCGUAAACUCACACCACAGAGGAAGAGCAAAUGCAUUUUUUGUUGUCAUCAUAUAAGUAAAUUAUUCUGAAUGAGAUUUAUACAACACAUUUAAUCCGUUUUAGGGUAGAAGCUUGUUAUUGUGUCUGUAUUUGGUGCAUGAGAAUCAAGACCUUUAAAAACAAACCUUAUAAUGGAAUCAGUUGAAGUCCAACAUUUCAGAAAACCUCCUGCUGUGUCUCAGAAAGUAUGCAGUAAGAUUGAGCAGAAAGAACCAUGUUCAGAUUCAAGUGAAGGGACAUCAGGCUCUGCAGGACACAUCGUCCCUGGACACCACCUGAAACAUAUAAAGAAUGAACCAAUGGAUGAAGACUAUGUCUGUGAUGAAAUGUCAUGUGAUGCAAUGACGAACUCUGUGGAACACAUCACACCUGUGGAUGAACAGAAAUAUAUAAAAAAGGAAGAACCUGAAGAUGAAGAUUAUCUCAGUGUAGAUGCAUCUGUGGAAAAUCUAGGCGUACAAAAUGGAUUUCAGAGCAAGCAUGUUAAAAAGGAAGAGACUACAGGUGAAGACUUCCUCUAUACAACCACAUUAUGGGAAAAAGAUGAUCCCCAAUUGGAAGUCUUCCCCUGCUUCAUGUGUUCACUUUCGUAUUCAUCUCAAAUGUUGCUCCAUGAACACAUCACAAUAUGUCACCCUGAUCAACAUGAGACACCGAUCAAAUCAGAAGACACGUGUCAGAAUCUUAUGCCAGAAAGAAGCUCCAGUAUUCAGCAAACAAUCUCUGGGCCUCUGCAGAAAGAGGUCCAUCAGUGCUUGCAGUGUGGGAAGAGUUUCACUGACCAGAAAAAACUGAGAAGACAUCAGUAUAUUCACACAGGUGAGAAAGCACAUCACUGCUCACAGUGUGGAAAGAAUUUUAUUCGACAGAGUCAUCUUGAACUACACCAGCGCACUCACACCGGAGAGAAGCCGUAUCGCUGCUCGGAGUGUGGGAAGAGUUUUACCCAACAGAGCAAUCUCCUAAGACAUCAACGCAUUCACAAAGGAGAAAAGCCGUAUCGCUGCUCAGAGUGUGGGAAGAGUUUUACGCAGCAGAGUGAUCUCCAAACACACCAGCGCUAUCAUACAGGAGAGAGGCCGUAUCGCUGCUCGGAGUGUGGGAAGAGUUUUAUUCAUCAACGGGAUCUCCAAACACACCAGUUUGUUCACACAGGAGAAAAGCCACAUCGCUGCUCACAUUGUGGAAUGAGUUUUGCCUAUCAGAGUAAUCUAAAGCGACACCAACGCAUUCACACAAGACAGAAGCCAUACAACUGUUCAGAUUGUGGGAAAGGUUUUAUUCAACGAAGUGAGCUCCAGACCCACCAGGUCAUUCAUGCAGGAGAGAGGCCGUAUCACUGUUCGCAGUGUGGGAAGAGUUUUGUUCGACAGAGUCAUUUCCAACAACACCAGCGCACUCACACCGGAGAGAAGCCACAUUGCUGUAAGGAGUGUGGGAAGAGUUUCGCCCAACAGAGCAGUCUCCAAAGACAUCAGAGCAUUCACAAAGGAGAAAAGCCAUUUCGCUGCUCAGAGUGUGGGAAGUGUUUUAAGCAGCAGUGUAAUCUCCAAACACACAAGCGAGUUCACACUGGAGAGAAGCCGUAUCGCUGCUCGGAGUGUGGGAAGAGUUUUACGCAGCAGAGUAGUCUCCAAACACACCAGCGCAUUCAUACAGUAGAGAGGCCGUAUCACUGUGCGCAGUGUGGGAAGAGCUUUGUUCUACAGAGUGAUCUCCAACUACACCAGCGUGUUCACACUGGAGAGAAGCCACAUUGCUGUAAGGAGUGUGGGAAGAGUUUCGCUCUACAGAGAAGUCUUCAAAGACAUCAGAGCAUUCACAAAGGGGAAAAGCCGUAUCGCUGCUCAGAGUGUGGGAAGUGUUUUAAGCAGCAGUGUAAUCUCCAAACACACAUGCGUGUUCACACUGGAGAGAAGCCGUAUUGCUGCUCGGCGUGUGGGAAGAGUUUUGCCCAACACAUUAGUCUACAACGACACUUACGCACUCAUACAUGAUAGAAGCCGUAUCACUGCGCACAGUGUGGGACGAGGUUUACUCGACUGAGCACUCUGAGAGCACACAGGGUCACUCACACAGGACAGACAUAUGAAGUUAAUGGAAAGUAAAGGAAGAAAGGAGCUUAAACUGCAUAGCGGUGUGUUUCAUGUCUACUUAGUUACACCAGUUCAGCUUCUACUGAAUUAUUGGUGAUGAUAAGCAGAGAUGUUUUUUGUUCAGGUUCAAUAAAGGGAUAAAAUGUCAGUUUCA